AUGCCCCUCCGCCCGUCGACGCCCAGCACGUCCUCGACAACCCCGACCCCCUCCCAUCACGGCCUCCGCUCCGGCCUGCUCCACCUCCUCCCCCGCCACACCCUCUUCAACGUUCGCCUCGUCAUCCACGGCCUCACCAAUGUUCCCUAUGUUCGCGGCGAGUUUGGCGUCAAGUGGAAGUUCAGCAAGGUUCAGGCUGCUCACCAUGGCGAUCCACCUGCAUCGUCCCUCUCACUCUCGGUGCCACAGACCUCGGAGCCCGACUCGGGCUUCUUCUCCUCAUCCGAGCGGGGUAUGACUCCCUACGUACCACUCGUGGAGCAUGCCACCCAAUGGGAGCAUACCGUUGGUGUCGUCGUCCAGAUGGGACUCCACAGGGAGACGUCCGAGCUACUACCCAACGAGCUCAAACUGCAGGUGGUUCAGGCGAUCCAGAUGCACCAAGACAUCCAAGAUCGGGCACGCUCACGCUCAACCUUGCUGAGUAUGCGGAUAAGGAAGCGUUACUACCCCCUACCACAUAGCAAGACGAAUGCGCUGCUGAAGCUGACCCUACAACUGGACUACGUAUCCGGUGACAAAUCCUACGUCGCACCGCCGCUCGCCAAAGGCGAGAUCAUGGCUGGCGUCUCCGGUAUCCUCCUCAAUCAAUGCGCACCUCAGCGCCCUCGCGCGACACCCUACUCCUCCACCUACGCUGCCAACUCCGCGCUCUCCCUCGCCGACUCGGGCACGCACUCGCACGAUUACACUGAUUUAGACGCGCCAUUCGACGCCCUCCACCUAGUGAGCGAGGAGGCGGAGAGCGAACAGGGCACAGAGCGCCUGAUCGAGGCGUUGUUCAACCCCCGCGACGACGGGGACCGCUACCACCACCACGACGGAGAGCGACGACGUCGACAACGAGCGAACGGAAGCGGGAAGGGGAGGCGCGGCGCGCGGCCGUGGUGGCGCCUGCGCAAGGCAUAUCAUACGCGACAUCCGGACGCGAAUGCGACGGCGGAGAAGUACGCGGCGCUGGGGCUGCUCGGUCCGGAGCAUACCGUUCGUGGGAGGCCUCCCAUGUUGAGCGCGGAGACGGGCAGCGAUCCGGGAGGUUAUGUGAGGAUGGACGCGCGGACCGGGAAGGGGAGGGGGAAGAACAGGCCGCCGAUGUUAAGCGGCAUCACAGGCAGCGAGGGCUUCGUCAAGGUUAAUGCGACGCCGGCGUAA